AUGGGACCGAUUUCCCAGAUGCCCAAAGGUCCAAACCCCCGAGCCGAGUUGCUACAGACGCAUGCGAAGCGUCCAGGGCGUUGGUGGCGUCGGCGACUCCGUCCCCCGUCGGGAUUAUUUGGAUUAUUGGGAUGUUGCCUUUCUGAUACGGGUUGUUGUUCUGGCCGACUCGGACACGGGGAAUGCAAAGAAGCAGGAAACGAGCCGUACGGCGUGGCGCAAUUACAAGCAAGUCUGGCCCGUGGUCCAGACGGCAGAUGCGAAGAGCGGGCGGGAUGUCAAGGCGCACCUGUCGCCGUGGUUGACGUGAUAAAUGGAGCAUGGCAUGGCAUGGCCGCUCAGCCUCCCGGGCGAGGAGGUUGGGCUCUUGAGGCGGGAAACGACGACACACUUGGUCAAUCAAACUGCGUGGACGCGCGAUGA